UCCCCCCGCGAGGAGCGGAAGAGGCGCGGCCAGCGCGGCGGCCUCCGUACGGCGGGAUGGCGGCGGCGCCGCGUUGCGGGGGGCGGCGGCGGCCCGGAGUCGUCCUGCUGCGGCUGCUGGCGGUGCUGCUGCUGGCGGGCGCGGUGGGCGCCGGGCAGCGCUCCAAAUGGCGGCUGCCGGUGCUCCUGGGGAAGAAGUUUAACUUUGGGAAGAUUCUCUUCAGCAACACCACCAUUUUCCUGAGAUUUGAAGACGAUGAAAAAGCUUGUGAUCCUUCCUUAGGUUUCAAUGUUACUUGGUACUUAAGAUAUUCUGACUGCUACAAUGAAGUCUUCAACUUUGGGGAUGAACAAGCAGAUAACUAUUUUGGGACCACAGCUGAAGAGCAUCCGGGUUGGUCAGGAUACUAUGCCACUGCUUCUCUUCUCUUUCCAAACUGCUCUGAGCUCCUUAGGCCUCAGAUUUUCUAUAAAGAAUUUGUUCAUCCAGAACCUCUCUCACCUGAGAAACAAGAGGGCUUAAAAGAUAAGAAGGAGAGCACAGGAAAUCACACCAUGGUGACAGAUAAAACUGCAAUGAAUGCUGUUAUGAAAACUUGGCGAGAUGGACCAUAUAUAUUUAUUGUGCAAAUUGGAAGUAUAACUGCAAAGGAUUCUAUUACCAGAGUUAAAAGAAUGGAGAGGACAACACCUUCCUCAUAUCAAAAUAAGCUCUUUACAAUGACAGUAGAACUGAAGGGGCCGUAUGAGUAUCUCUCACUUGCAGACUAUCCUCUGAUGAUUUUUUUCAUGGUGAUGUGUAUUGUGUAUGUAUUCUUCGGGGUUCUAUGGCUUGCAUGGUCAGCCUGUUACUGGCGGGAUCUCCUGAGGAUCCAGUUCUGGAUUGGUGCCGUUAUCUUCCUGGGAAUGCUUGAGAAAGCAGUUUUCUAUGCAGAGUUCCAGAAUAUUCGCUACACGGGAGAAUCUGUUCAAGGAGCAGUAAUACUGGCAGAACUUCUCUCUGCUGUGAAGCGAUCAUUGGCUCGAACUCUGGUCAUCAUAGUCAGCUUGGGAUAUGGGAUAGUCAAGCCUCGCCUUGGAGUUACUCUUCACAAAGUUGUUAUGGCUGGAGCUCUUUAUCUAUUAUUUUCUGGCAUGGAAGGUGUUCUUAGAGUCACAGGGGCCCAGAAUGAUCUUGCCUCCUUGGCUUUUAUUCCCCUGGCUUUCCUAGAUACUGCCCUGUGCUGGUGGAUAUUCAUCAGCUUAACUCAAACAAUGAAGCUGCUAAAACUUCGAAGGAAUGUUGUGAAGCUCUCUUUGUAUCGGCACUUCACAAACACGCUCAUCUUGGCAGUAGCAGCAUCUAUUGUAUUUAUCAUCUGGACCACCAUGAAGUUCAGGCUGGUGGACUGUCAGUCGGACUGGCAGGAGCUAUGGGUGGAUGAUGCCAUCUGGCGUUUAUUGUUUUCAAUGAUCCUUUUUGUCAUCAUGAUUCUGUGGAGACCAUCUGCUAACAACCAAAGGUUUGCUUUCUCACCACUGUCAGAAGAGGAGGAUGAUGAUGAGCAGAAAGAGCCAAUGUUAAAGGAAAGCUUUGAGGGAAUGAAAAUGAGAAGUACAAAGCAAGAACCAAAUGGGAAUGUAAAAGCAAACAAAGCUGUGAGUACACUCUCUACCUCAAAGAAUAUAGAUUCAUCUCUUCUUUGUUUUGCUCUUCCAGCUCUUCUGGAUUCAGAUGAGGAAAGAAUGAUUACACACUUCGAAAGGUCCAAAAUGGAAUGAAGGAGUAGCUUUUUGCUGCUGGAAGUGGAGACGCCUCUUUUAAAGUUGCUUGGUGGAGCAAGUGCAUCCUGCUGAUUUGUUUGUUGAUCUCAGCCUUGAAAGUUUGAUGCUUUACUGUCGUGGAGGGUGUCUUGCUGUGGAAGAAGUUCACAAGGACAUUAUAAACCUUUCAGAAAUUUGAAUUUACAAAGUUGCUGCGAGUUUGGAUUUUUAAGCAAUUUACAUAUGUACUAUUCCAGCACCUUCUGUAACUUUUCAAAUAUUUAAUCUGUGAAACUAAAAUUCCUAAUGUCUGUUUGAGGAGUUUAUAUUUCAGUGUUACAAUUGACAACUAGAGGUGAACUGCCUGUACCUUUUUGGGGGGAGGGUGGGGACAUCUAGAAGUAAGCACUGAAGAAACAACAGACCCAUUUACUGGUAGAUACAACUGCUGUUGUAUGUCAUGUGCCCAAUAUGCAUGAGAGGGUUUUAGAGAGAAGCUCCUGUUGAUGAAGAAAAUUAAGAUGCCAGAAUGGAAAUAUUUGGAAAAGUUACAAUGAUAUGAGUUUUUAACAAAAUCAAGUGCAAUUUUAUUCAUAACACUGUGUAUGAAAGAUUUUCUAUUUUAAAUGCCAUUGAUCUAUAGGUAACAGCUGUCUAGAGCUAACACUUGCUGUUGUGGCACAUCUCAUUGCCGGCAAUGUGGUGGAUGCCUGCAAAAAUUAUUUGCCCCUACCUUUCAUGUGUUGCAUGAUUUAAUUUAAAACAACAAACAAAACAACACCACCAAACAUCACCAAACCCAUUCCUGCAGCGCUCCAAAAGUGCUUGACCACAUGUUAAGCAGAUAUUCUCCCUUUACAUGUAACAUCUCCCACCAAGAAGUUGGCGCUCUUCUACGAGAACAUGGCAUUGCUUUCUAGAGGGUGCAAGCACCGCCUACCUUACUUGAAAGAGGCUUUAUGGGCAGUCCACAGUGCUGGGAUAGUUAAGUUCCCAGUGUCUGUUUAGAAUUGCUUCCCAUGUAAGUGAUCUGAUGAUGAGCUUUCCUGUCCCAAUUGGUCCUAUGGCCAAGAGGUACUCUGAGAUAACUGUGUUUCAGUCAAAGUUUCAAACUCCUAUAUAAUUGCAUUUUGUUUCUCCUUUUGAGAUUAAAAAGAGCAUUUGGUGUUGUUUUUAUUUUUUGCUUGGCUGUAACAGCUACACUUGCAAUAACUUCCUCAUGGAAACCCACUGUAGACUGUAUGCAAAAGGUCUAAUUCAGGUUCAUAACCUUUACACCUGAUGAUUACCAGGUAUGCAGUAGCUGGACAGCUCAGGAGCAGAUGUGGCUGCUGCUGGAAUGGCAUAGGGAGUAAGCUCUUCUGGUUCUUCACUCAUAGCUAUGACAGCAGAAAUAAACAUGUGCCUGUACUUCAUUCAUUCCACUGUAAGGUCUGGUAGCUUAGCUGUAGUUCAUCUUUAUCAGCAAUUCAAGCUGAAACGUGGCACUUUACAGUAGAGUAGCUGAGGCACAAGGACAUAGUGUCUUCUGAUAGGUGUGCUGUGGGGCAGUGAACUCUCAGCAGAUGGGCAGAGAAAAAAAAGCUCUGGCUAUAGCACCUCACUGCUUCUGCAGGAGUUGCUAGAGCUCUUCUUUAGGCUACAGGUAGAAUCUUUUAAUUAAAAAACACUUCUAAUUUGCUAUGCUUAAUUGAUAUAGAUGAAAAAAAUGUUACCUCCAUGUCCUUUUGAGGAGAGGAAAUUUUGUGAAAUAAAGCUACACAAAGCUCGCUAUUUAAUGGGGGGGGGUUCUGUUUUGAUUUUUUUUUUUAAGUCCUAUUGUUCUGGGUUGUUUGGGUUUUUUGAAACAAAUAGGUAAAAAUGUUCUCUACUGGAAGCACAACAGUUUGUAUGUACUAUUUAAUAAAGGCUAGGCAAAGAGGAGAAAGGCUUA